UCAUAGUACUCGACAACCUGAGUUCUUUCUGCGUACUUCCAGUCGCCGUCACGCGCGCCAGUCACCGCUGAGACGUUCAUCCGUACGAGCGUGCUGCGCGCGCGCCUCCAACCGCCGAAUUCGAAUUUCUAAUCGUGACGCAAACUAGUGUUGUGAGUUGUGCCAAUUCGUGACAGUGUACUAUACCAUCUAUGUUACCAAUGCUGAAUUAACAAAAUUACAAUGAUGUGAAGUGACAGAUAUCAAUGUGAUUGUUCGAUAACUAUGGAAGACGUUUGCAUUUUUAUGUGAAGUCAGGAUGAGUAGCGGUGUGCGAUGACGUGCGCGGCACUGGUGGCGAUGGCGGUGCUGGUGACGGCGAGCUCAGCGGCGGCGCAGCUGCGGCCGGCGGACGCGCCCCCUGCCAUCAACGACACACGUUGUGGUACGGAAUGCGUUCGCUGCGCCGCUGAUGGAUGCGUCAAAUGUGCUCGCCUGCUGGUCUGGCCUGGAGGAACCUGUGCACAUGACUGUCCUGCUGGCAGCCGUGAAGCCUGGGCCCAUGAUGACCACCUCAUGGGACGAGUGUGCUACCCAGCGCAAUCGUAUAAUGAGGUGAUAGUGGGUGCUGCUUGCGGUGUGGCUGCUUGCAUCGCUCUGGUGGCAGCUGCAGCGGCCUAUGCCCGCUGCAGGAAUAAGUCCCGAGCACAACCUCAACCUCUACCGCAACGAACUCACCACGAUGACGAUACUCGACUACGGGAAUUUCACAAGCAGCUGGACUGCUUACGACCGCACGCGUACACCUUGUUGGCGAUACUGAACCACACUCGGCACCAAGUACGCGAGCUUUAUCAGCUUGGCAACAAUGAUGCUGCAAUGGCUUACAGUUGCAUCCUGAGCGAUUUGGCCAAGUUGCUGAUAUUGUUGAACAAGCAGCAGGUGCCUGUUGUACCGGAUGAGUGGCCACGACUGGCUAGUUGGGCUGAAAGAAUUCUGAAGCGCUACAGCCGUACAAACGUCGGUCCGCAACAAGAAGGCCAGCUAGUUAAUUUCCUCCCCGCCCCACCGAGCCAGGGCUCCGAUUCGGAGACAACCCAGCAAUCUUUUUCGACAUUCAAACCUCCUUCGUAUUCUCCUACAUCAUAUGAUAGUAAUAUUUUAGACAAGGAUAUAGACUGCGAGUGGAGUGACGCAGGAAGACCACCCAGUUAUUCCCAAGUAGAGAGGGAAAGAGAGACCAUUGUUCUCUCCGACCCGUGGGAGAGAAGACCGAUAGUAAGGAGAGAGAGUGUCUGGCUAGAAGACGAAUUCUUCGAAAUGUCGAGGCGACCACAAGACGAACUAACCACUGAACUUUAAUCAUGUAAUUUAAUGCACCUGGUUCACCAUUCCAAGUCUGACAAGUACAAAAUAAAAGAUAAUUAAUGUAUAUUUAAUAUAUCUAGGUACUGUAAGUUUGUAGUGGUGCUUUCAACCCUGUAAAUAUGUACCAUUUACUCCCCGCUGAAACAUUUUACUUUGCUACAUCAUACAUGAAAAAUAAACAUAAAAACAUGUCUCGUAGAAAAAACGUGUAGGUACCUAAGUACUAAAUUAGGUAAAUUAAGUCUCGUCGCUGAAGCAGUAAAAUGAAAAUAUAAUAAAAAUAUUGUCAGAUUUAUCAUGAAUAGAAUUUAUUUAAAUAAGAACUAAGCAAUUUGUAUUAUGCUUUAAGUAGAUUAUGCAGAAAUAACAACUAUGUUUAGACAGAUUUAAACCAAAGUAGAUUGUAUAAUAGUUUUCUAGUCUAAUAAAUUCUUUAUGAUUUGCAUAUUCAUUGCAAAAUGUAUGUCUGUAACUUUGGCAACAUUUUUUAGAAUCUCAUAUUUAAAUUGUAUCUUAAUGUUAUAUUAAAACUGUUACAUUUGUAUUAAUGUAAUGUAUAUUUCAACAUAGGUUUCCAUACUAGUGUAAUGUAGAUACGAUCGUACUCUACUUACUUACAUGUAGUAUUUUAAGUAGAAGUGGAAUCUUGACCUCGACUGUUAUAGGCCUUUAGUGAUACCUAAUAUCUAGUUACCUACAAGUUGCUUAGGUAUCCACGCCCUAUCGAACGAGUAGGCCUUCAAAAGUAGGUACAGUGCCUACCAUAAACGUACGAAAAAAAAUGUAGAAGCUACUUUUAAUUCUAAAUUCGAAAUAAGAGUUUUUUUAUAGAAUCCGUGUGUCCAUCGUACCUAAUAUUGUUUAAUUUAUAUAUUAUUAUCAAUACAUACGCACUUCUUAAAUAGAUUAAAACAAACUAGAUGAAUUCUUAUCAAUGGCGAUUUAUAAGUAAAUAUGGCUAUUUCAUUUUACAAUAAAAUGAUACAAUGUUAAAAUUUAGUAAUAUUUCGCAAACAUCGCAUGCACAAGAGAAAAACAAAUAUGUUUGUUAACCUACUUAGGUUAUUAGCACGAACUAAACACUCCUUUUAUCUAAGAAAAUACAUUGUGUCUUACUUAAAUCUGUGUGCCGACAGAUCAGGGGCUAAACCUAUAAUAAUAUAUCUUUAUGUUAGAUUAAGUCAGCAAAUGUGUAAAUAAUAAAAUAACAAAACUAAUACAUAAGUUUAAAUAAUGUCACGAAGACAACGAAAAUACCUAUUUGUUAAUAAACAGAAAACUAGAAUACUUUUAUGAUUGUUAAAUUUAAUAAAGAUGAAUAUAUUUUUGUUCAUGA